AUUACUAAUCACCUUUUAACCCUCUUUAAUCCAAAUAGUUAAUGAAAAUGGCUUCUUCUUCUAUGAUCUUCUCGUUCGCAUUGCUUGCUUGUACCUUGUGCUUGAUGACCGGUACUUCCUCAGCUCAACUCUCGCACGAUUUCUACUCCAAGAGUUGCCCGAAGGUUUUCCAAACUGUAGGCUCAGUGAUUCGGUCUGCUGUGUCCAAGGAGAAGCGUAUGGGUGCAUCUCUUCUACGGCUGCAUUUCCAUGAUUGCUUUGUUAACGGGUGUGACGGGUCAAUCUUGUUGGAUGAUACGUCUUCAUUCACUGGAGAGAAAACUGCAAGGCCGAAUGCAAACUCAGUUAGGGGUUUUAAUGUGAUUGACGAUGUUAAGAGGAGUGUGGAAAAAGUUUGCCCUGGUGUAGUAUCGUGUGCUGAUAUUCUAGCAAUUUCUGCUCUCGAAUCUACUCUUGCUUUAGGAGGACCCUCAUGGAAGGUUAAAGUAGGAAGAAGAGAUUCAAAAUCCGCCAGCCUCUCCGCCGCCAACAGCGGCGUUAUUCCACCACCGAACUCCACCCUCAACAACCUCAUCAACCGGUUCCAGGCGGUGGGUCUCUCCGCCAAAGACAUGGUGGCGCUCUCAGGUUCACAUACAAUCGGACAAGCUCGUUGUACAAGUUUCAGAGCACGUAUCUAUAACGACCGCAACAUCGAUGCUUCAUUUGCCAGGUCACGGCAGUCAAACUGCCCACUUCCGGCAGGCUCCGGCGACAACAACCUUGCACCCCUUGACGUUAAAACCCCAACUUAUUUCGACAACAAUUACUACAAGAACCUGAUCAACCAACAGGGUCUUCUCCGGUCAGACCAAGUGCUGCACAACGGUGGCUCCACCGAUUCCUUGGUGGAACAAUACAGCAGAAACGCCGGAAGUUUCAACGCGGAUUUUGCAGCUGCCAUGAUCAAGAUGGGUGACAUCCGUCCCCUCACCGGCUCCAAUGGCGAGAUCAGGAAGAACUGCAGGAAGGUUAAUUCGUAAUUAAUUGACCGGAAAUUAAUUAAAUCUCGUUUUUUGGAUCUAUUUAUGAUAAGUGUGAAUUUAGUGAUUUGAGUUCUUGAUGUAUUUGUUUUUUACAAUAAAAUUUGGUCAAAUGUAAUCUGUUUCAUGCAAUAAAACAUCGGUUUUUGGAGUCUAAA